AUGUUCGACAACUACUCCCUCCGAACCGCCUCUCGACACCCUUCGCAACCUACCGGCCCUUACCCAUCCGUUUCUCCCACCUCGACACCAGAGUCAUACGGCGCCCAGCACCGUGCAAUAAAUGACCUCACCCACCAACUGGACACCUCUCACCUCGCCGACCAAUCCCCCACCACGAGCUACUUCGACUUCGACACCCCUCCCCCCUACAACUACCCCACCAACCCGUCCCCAACAUCCUCCCACGCACCCGACGAUCCCGCCCCCUCCCAGCUAGCAAACUACUUCGAGACCGACUACCGCGCCCUCCGCGCCCAGCGCCAGGCCGCGUCGCGCCUCCAAUGCAGUACGCGCCACCUCCGCGAAAUAUCCGCGCUCGUCACCCGCAUGGUUGAGUCCGGCGAGCAAUGCUGCCUGUUCUCGCCGUCGUCCUCAUGCGCGGCGGCUGAUCCAGCGGAGCCGAUCGACGAGGGCUCGGAAGUCCUCUCCGGCCGGGAUGAUGGCGUGGGGGCGCCGACGAGGGGCGGGAGCCGGAAGUUGAGAGAUCGGAAGAGUUGCGAUCUGGGGAGUGCGGAUGGGGGCGUGGCACGGAGUAUCCGAGGAAAGAAAAGAAGACCAAAAAGCGGAAGUGGGGUUAGCAAGCCGUAG